UGAGAGAAGGGUGAGAGAGUGGACGGCGGGCAGUGGUGAGGAAGUUGAGGGGGCAACAUUGCAUGGUUGAGAGGCUGGACGUCUUGAAAAAUGUUGCAUGGCAUGCUAAUUACUUUGCGGCAGCAGAGGCGCGCGUGUUGCAUGGGCUUGCAUGUGCAGGCAGAGUAAUUAGCAGGGUGGACGGCUUUGUUAAAUGGCAUGUUGCUUUGUGUUUGCACGGGCUUGCAAUUGAUUUGAGGGGAGUUGAUGGUUUGCGGUUCGAGUGGGAGAGUGGAUGUUUGCUGUUUUUUUUGUUGCCGCGCGCUUUCAGCCCGGCUGCUGCCGCCUGCUCUUCGGCGCGCGCUGCGGAAGGCUGGUGAUGGAAGAGUUUGACGCAACCGGCCGCUGCCACGGGAAGUCGAUGUCGAGCUGGGAGCACAGUGCCUCCGUGGGCCCCGAGGCCUUGCGCAAGCAAGAGAGACGAAGCGAGCGCAGCUGGUGCGACAUGGUCUGUGCUUCCAAGAAUUUCCCAGAAGCCCCUACGGCUCGAACGCAAAGAGGGUCUCCGGAAUUCGAGGAAAUGGGCCCGCGCACGCGCACGGCUCGUAGCCUCAUCCUUUUGAUUGCCUUGGCGCAGCCAUGGUGUUGGCUGCCUCCGUCACUCCCAGGAAUCGCUCGCGCUGGCGAAGACCUGAAGCACUUGCUCCCAGUGAUGGGCGCACGUUUGGGAGCCGGGCCGGGUGCGGCAGGGGUGAACCCCAAGUUUGCCGUUUGGGGUGCUGCCGUUCUUUUUGCCUUGGCCCGUUUUGCGAUCAGGCGCAAGAAGCUCCCUCAGGGCAAGCGUCCUGUGGCCACUCAUAGUCACCCUAGUCCAGCGAAGUUGCGCAAGGUCUCAGGGAAAAGUUCAUCGUCGGGAGAAACCGGCAAUACCCGCACUGCUGAAGCCUUGUUGGAGGAUGCCUUCGAGAUCUUGGGAAACCGGCCGGACUUCUCGAAGAUGGCGUUGCAGGUUGUUUUCGUUGGCGGAUUCAGCGCCGGCAAGUCCACUAUGAUCAACGCGCUAUUGCAGAAGAGGCAAUGCGAGACAGCUGGUGGACCCAAGACACAGAAGGUGGAGAGUUACACUGGGCCCGAUGGCGUCACCUAUGUGGACACGCCCGGCCUGGGAGCCCCGGAGUACCCAGAGCACAGGGCCGCAACAUGUAAGAAGGUGAGGGAGGCGGACGUGGUCGUGUUGGCUGUCAAUGCAACCCAUCUCAUGAAUGACAACGACAUCAGCCUGCUCAAAGAGAUGCAGAUCCCCCGGGAAAACUUGGUAGUGGCUGUGAACUUCUGGCAAGUCCACGCGUCGCACCCGGAAGCUCAAAAGGAGUGCCGCAGCCGCAUCCAAGAGAUGCUGAAAAAUACGUUGCAGGAGACGGAGCCUGUGGUCAAGGUGGUGUACAUGGACGCAUAUGCAGCAGAGCGACAUUUUGUGGAUGGCGCAGAAGACCUCGAUACAGACACUGCUGCUGCCUUUGCCGACCUAUGGACAAGGACCGCCCCGGUGUACCAGAAGCUUCAAUGGCUCCGUAAGAAGAUUGCAGAUCUCCGCGAACCGGAGUCAGAACUGAAGUCAGAAAUGAGUGAAGUGGAGGACGAAAUUCUUGGCGGAGCAGAUGGCGGGGUGUGUGGGGCAGUGUGCGGUGCAGCUGUGGGAGCACUAUUCGGCCCGGCAGGUGCUGGUGUUUUUUCCACUAUGGGCACCAUGGUGGGUGUGUUCAUUCAGCGUGCUGUUGCGACAAUCAAGAAGGACAACCGGCUCAGAGACUUGAGCGAAGGACUCAUGAAACUCCAGGCCAAAAUUGCGGAGUUGAAGAAGAUAGCGGAUGAGGUUGACAGAUUGCUCAACAGCAGCAAUGGCAGUGAAUAGAUUCCGCAGAAGCUGCCUGCAGAUUUUUUUUUGCGCAGGUCUAGUACACCCACGCCGCAGACCGGCAGAGUCCACAAGUGAAAGGAUCCUUUGGCGUGAGGCGAGCGGCCUGGCCACCUGGCGGCGGAGUGAGAACACCCCGGGCGGCGGCUGCGCAAAGAUUCAGAGGCUCAUAGACAC